AUGCGCCAAUCACGCAUUAUCCUACACUGCGCAAUUCUUAUCACAGCCCCCCUCGUUGGUUCCCUGAAAAUAGCGAGUGCGUUUGGAGUCUUAGAAUGGACACCGGAGCUUGUCGCUAAAGAGGAUUAUUUCAAGGGAGAUAUGGAUAUUGUAAAUGGUGGUAUCUCAAGUCUAUUUAACGACUCGACCGUUGACCUCGGGUCGAAUUCAGAGACCCAGCUCCUCCUGCAGUUCGGUUCUCAUAAGAACCUUCGGAUGAUUGGCACUGUCGCGGAAGUAUAUUAUCGUAUCGUGGCCAACAGGAAGUCUGGGAUUCGCACCCUUGAGGAUCUUAAGGGGAAAAGGAUUGGGAGUCUGAACACAACUUCAUCCGAAUACUUUGUCCAGACGUACCUUGCGACAGUAGGUCUAGAACCGGUAGACUAUACGGUUGUAAAUGGACUGGGGUGUUUACAAGAGCCCUGUGCUGCCGAUACGUUCCCCGCCAUGCUUAGAAAUGGAAGUAUCGACGCCAUCGGGAUGUGGGAGCCAUCAGUCGAGUUAGGAAUUGAGACCCUCGGCCCCGAUGCUGUUGUGUUCGGGGACAACCAGACUGUGUACCGAGAAAUAUACAAUCUAGCCACCACAACCGACAAGCUCAACGAGCCUAAAAAGAGGCAUGAAAUAGUGAGGUACCUUAAGGCCUUAAAGCAAGCGGAUGAUGUUUUCCAAAGCGAUCCUGCAAAUAUUAUUGCUCGAGCCGCAGAGGCUGUUAAGACUAAUAUCACGGUACUGAAAGCAGCCUGGCAUGUUCAUAAGUGGGAUGUCCGUAUGCCGCCUGAUAUUCUAGAAGUGCUAGUCGAAGAAGACAAGUUUGUGGCUUCCUAUGCUAAACGGGAUGUGUUUUCACGAGACUCCCUGGCUAUGCUUAUAGACGAAAGUGUCUUGAAGGAAGCUCUGGAGGCUUGA